CCCCUCCUCCCCCCGCAGGCUUCAGCGGGAACAGUUUCAGGAUCCGGAUCAGUCCGUCAGCUGUGUGGACCCGCCACCACCCAACAGUCCGGGUCCAGUCGGGGUCCAGCCCGGAGCUCCACACCCACAGGCGGUCCCUCGGUCUCCCUGUCCCCGCUCAUGGAGUGAGAGGAGCGGGCAGAGUCAGCUCAGGCUCCCGCCCCUCCCCCCGGCGGCGGCGUCAUGGCGUCCCGGCUGCUCGACCGUCUGAAGCGCUCGCUGUUUAAAGAAGGUCAGGGGGCGGGACCCGAGCAGGAAGGGGAGGAGUUUAAAGAGGAGGACUGGGAGGCGGAGCUGGAGGAGGAGGAGGAGUGUGUGACCGAUCGGCUCGGGGGGACGCUGUGCUUCGACAGCGGAGGAGGAGGAGGAGGAGGAGGAGGAGGAGGAGAGGAUGGAGCCGAGGGUGAAGGGUCGGGGAUGGACAGCGACUCCGACUUCCUGGGAGAGUCGAUGGAGGAGGGGCUUAGCAGCACAGACGCCAGUCCCGUGGGCGUGUCCCCGGUAGCUCCCUCCCCGUCCUCGCUGCUGACUCGGCAGCUUCAGGAGAGCUGGAGGAACCUGCGAGGACUCGGAGGAGGAAGCCCCGCCCCCGCCGGGAGCCGCCUGACGGACAGCUUGUUGUUCGAGGUGACGGACGCCAGCGUGGUGCAAGACAGCUCCUCCAAAUAUGUGCUCUACACCGUCCACGUCAUCCAGUCUGGCGGCAGCGACAAGACUCCGGCCGUCAUCACUCGCCGAUACUCCGACUUCCAGCGGCUCCACGCCACGCUGCGCCGUAACCACGGAGACCAGAUGGAGCGCGUCUGUUUCCCCCGAAAGAAGCUGCGCAGGAACUUCACGGCGGAGACGAUCGCCAAGCGGAGCCGAGCGUUCGAGCAGUACCUGUCUCACCUGUGCUCGCUGUCCGCCCUGAGGGGGGCGCCGUGCGUCCGACAGUUCUUCUACCUGAGCGACCUGCAGGCCGCACAGCUGCUCAUCAGGGUGGGGCGGUGCCAGGAGGCUCUGGGUCCGCUGCUCAACGCCAAGAGACUGCAACACAAGCUGGGCUGGGCCAGUUACUAUGACAACCAGGCUCAGGCCCCGCCCCCGGCCUCCUCCCAUUGGUUCUUCACCCUGGUGGGGCUGUCGAGCUGCUUCCAGGAAGUGGACCAGCUGGAGGAGGCGCGGGAUCACUGUGACCACGCCCUCCGCGUUCUGACGCCGCCUGAGGCUGACGCAGAGGACAAGCCCCGCCCCCCCACGGACAGGCCACACCCCCUCCUGCUGCCGUUGUUACAGGCCGUGGUUCGGCUGUCGUGGCAGACGGGAAAAGACAAGCGGCGGUGGGAGGAGCUACUACGGCAGGUGGAGGAGCAGUGGGCGGGGCUAGACAAUCAGCCAACCAUCAAAGAGUUUCUGGUCAAACACAACCUGGAGGAGAGCGAGGGGGCGGGGUGAACACACACACACACACACACACACACACACACACAGUGCAGAGUACAAUCACUACGACAACGCGACCUGAAAAAGUUCAAAAAGACUUUUCCUCAGAUAUUUCAUCUUUGUUCAUGGAAUCAGAUUUUCACGUGUUCGCGACGCUUCAAAAAGUUUUUAUUUGUUUUUAUUUCUUUUUUUCUCUGAAUGAAAAAAAAAUCAACAAACAAACAAACAAACAAAUAAACACUUCUCAUUAUGAAGUGAACCAGGUCGCUGUGUCUGUGCCUCAGCGCCCCCUGCAGGUCAGUCCACAGAGAACCUUUAAACAACGCUAAGACAACCUCGCAGCAACAAUCAACUCAGAGACGAUCAGCGCUCUGCAGCACUUUGUACGACACAUUAUUAUUAUUAUUAUUAUUAUUAUUACUAUUGUUAUUAUUAUUAUUAUUAUUGUAUCAUGAACGCACCUUUCCAAUCAUAAAUAUCAUGAAUCAGAUUUUGAUGUUAAAAGUUAAUUACAGGCAUUAAAUCAUCGUCAGACUGAUGAUGUCACAUGUUUCAUGCUCAUCUGUUUUUCUGACGUGGUCUCCAUGGAGACGUCAGAGGUCAGCUGAUAAAGGGAUAAAGGAUGAAAGACGAGGGACAGGAAGUCGUUAAAGACGCCGCACAUGCUCAGUUUGACUUCAUAUCAGUUACAGUAAAAGUACUCAGAUUACAGUUCCUUCUGCUGCUGCUGCUUCCUGAUGAUCGACCUUCUUUUUUUUUUUUUAGAUUUCAGUAUUUUUUGUGGGCGGGGCUCCGCACGCCGCCGACACGUGGUCUGAUGUUUUCUAAACGUUAUUCUGACGUUUGUGUCUGAUCACUUCAAAGAGCUCUGAACAGGAAACAGGAAGUGACCCGUUCAGCCAGAGUCACGCAAGAACGGCCGAUAGUUCAUGUUUGUGUCACGUCAACACGGGAACGCGACACGUCAUCGACAUGAGUCAAAGAUUCAUGUUGGAUCCCAGAAGACAAAAACAGACGUGUUGAUGAUCGGAGACUUCUGUACGUUAGAUGAACGAGCCAGACGUAACUGUAACUGUAAUGUGAUUACUCAAGUACAAACCUGCUCCUGUUCUUGCACGACGUUAAAUAUUUUAGAACAGGUUUUCAAAGGGGUGGAAAGUUUCCGUUAAAUUUCCGGUAAAUCUGGAAAGUUGCCAUGGGAAGUUACACUGCAUGAAAUGUUAAAAUAUAUUUUCACAGACUGUAUGUAAGUUUCCUGAUUUUGUAAAUUCCCGUUAAUUCCCAUGGAAAGUUUCCAAAUUUGAAAAUUCCCAGAAUUUUGCAUCCCUAGUUUGGAAACAAGGAAACUUUGAGUCUUUGAUCUGAAAUGUUUCGUUAGAAACUCUGAGGUGUGAAAGUUUCACACUGAGCUUCAUGGAGCGAGUCAAGUUUAUUUUCAAGAAUAUUUUAUGGAAUAAAUUUGUUACAAAUUCUGA